ACUUAUCUUGACAUCGUCAUUACUCUUGGGCUGAGCUAGCUUCGCACACAGUAUGCACACUGCGUUCUUGGCAUGUUGACAUUUCUGCCACAAGGAUUCAUGACUAUGAGCCAGUGAACCGACGGACAACUAAAUACACAUUUCACAGUGGAGGUGACCAUGGAUGCACAAAUGUUAACAAGUCCAUCCGUAACUGGACGUUAACGCCACGAGCGUGUGUGCGAGCUGCUGGAGUUAGCGUGGAAGCUAAUGUCAACAUAGAUUAGCUAACACUGAGUGCAACGGCUGUGCUGCGGAUGCCACCGGUGAUCAAAUUCAAUAGUCUGUGACGCCUUUUGACCAACACCGUCCGCCCAGCGAGCCAGCACCGGACCUGUCAAAAUGAGGAUUUUAAGGUUCUUGAGGAGCAGCUUGGCUGUAGGAAAGGACAUUGACUAUUACUCCAAAUUUUCCCCCUCCCCUCUUUCAAUGAAGCAGUUUCUGGAUUUUGGCUCAGAGAACGCGUGUGAGAGGACGUCGUUCGCCUUCCUCAGACAGGAGUUACCUGUUAGGUUGGCGAACAUCAUGAAAGAGAUCAACCUGCUGCCUGACAACUUACUGAGGACUCCAUCCGUCCGGCUGGUGCAGAGCUGGUACAUGCAGAGUUUUCAGGAGAUUCUCGAGUUCAAAGACAAAAACGCGGAUGAUGAAAAAGUCACAUACGAUUUCACAGACGCGGUGAUAAAAGUCAGGAACCGACACAACGAUGUCAUCCCCACCAUGGCUCAGGGCGUCGUGGAGUACAAGGAGACGUACGGCACGGACCCGGUCGUCAGCCAGAACGUUCAGUAUUUCCUGGAUCGUUUCUACAUGAGCAGGAUAUCAAUCAGGAUGCUGCUCAACCAGCACACUCUGCUCUUCGGUGGGAAGGUGAAGGUGAACCCUGCACAUCCCAAACAGAUCGGCAGUAUUGAUCCACACUGUCGUGUCACUGAGGUUAUCAGAGAUGCCUACGAAAAUGCUCGAGGCCUCUGUGACCGGUACUACAUGAACUCUCCGGAGCUGGUACUGGAGGAAUUCAAUGUGAAAGAGAAGGACAACCCCAUCGGUGUGGUCUACGUGCCGUCUCACUUGUAUCACAUGGUGUUUGAACUUUUUAAGAACGCCAUGCGGGCCACCAUGGAGUUAUACGGCGAUGCCAUGGAGUAUCCUGCCAUCCACACACAGGUCGCUCUGGGAACUGAAGAUCUGACAGUGAAGGUGAGCGAUCGCGGAGGAGGCGUGCCGCUGCGUAAGAUCGACCGCCUGUUCACCUACACGUACUCCACAGCUCCUCGGCCCAGCAUCGACGGGUCCCGUGCUGCUCCUCUGGCUGGUUAUGGCUAUGGCCUGCCCAUCUCUCGCCUGUACGCCCGCUACUUUCAAGGGGACCUGAAGCUGUACUCUCUGGAGGGUUAUGGAACUGAUGCUGUGAUCUACAUUCGGGCCCUCUCCACAGAGUCAAUCGAGAGGCUCCCCGUGUACAACAAGUCCGUCUGGAAACACUACAAGACGUUCCAUGAGGCCGACGACUGGUGCGUCCCCAGCAAAGAGCCCAAGGAUAUGACAACGUUCCGCAGCUUCUAG